GUAGCAAUUCACCAGAUACUUUAAUCGUUUGUUGCACACAUCAUGGCACUUCAUGUAGCAAACAAGAUGUUGCCUGUUAUAUCACAUCCAUUGUCAAGACUGGGAAGCAGAGAAAGUCUUUCUGUAUUUGGAUCAGGAAAUUUUCGCGACGGAUCACAAUCUGCUGAUCCUGCUCUCAAUCGGAAUAUAAACGGAGAUGUAGAGCAAGCCAGAAAUAUUUUAAAUCGGUGCAACACUUCACAGGACUCCAGGCGAGCAACAACAGAGGAGGUUCUCUUUCACUUAAAAGAAAAAUUCCAUCCCGCCACACUGCCUUCAGUACGGAAACUAUUUCGAGCCAACGACCCAAAAGGAGAAGGACGAGUCCCAAAGGAAGCUUUUUCCCGAGUUCUUUGGCAGCUUUACGGAUAUUUAACAACAAGACAAAUACAGAACGUUUUGAAAAGACUUGACCUGGAUAAGCAAGACUGCAUUUCUUUUGAUGAUUUUCACACACAAUUACGAAGUUUCGGUUCUGGUGGCGAACCUGUAAAGUCGGUUUCGAAUUGGGUAAAAGCAGUUAACUCUCUAUCAGCAAAUCAUGCAAGGUCACUGCCAGCAACAAAUGAAAGGGCCUCACUGCCACCUUCAACAUCUCGAUCUGUUCGAUCUGCCCGGGGUUCGAGACCAGACAUCAGCGACUCUGCCACAACUUGCUGGAACACACUGCGUGAAAAAGUUCAAAAAGAGGAUUUCGAUCCAGAACACGUAUUUCCUUCAGUAUGCUUAGGAGAAGGAGCCUUCGUCGUACCAGCUCAAUUUCACGAGUGUCUGAGAAGAUUGAAAAUAGCUGCGACCGAUGAUGACGUUGCUAAAAUAUAUAGAAGAAUGGACGGAGCUAGUCCUUAUGCUGUUCAUACAAAACGACUUUUUGAACUGCUUGGCCUCGAUCCGGAUACUGGAAGAUAUAUGAAAGUAAAACCUCAGUCAAGACAUGCCCAGAUAACUCCCCCGAAGACCCCGUCCACGGGAAGCAGAACAAGCGACAGAGAACCAGAUCUGAAAAGACCACGCACAUCUCAUGGUGCAAAGGAAUACGAAGAAAGGCCGAUUUCGGUUGCUCGACCCAGAACUUCUUUAGACAGAAGUAGAAUUUAUGACGGAGAUAUCUUGCAGCUCAUCAGUAAAAAGCUGGAAGAAGGACAAUCGCAACUACAAAGGGCUUUACAAGCACGAGAUUGUCAUGAAAAGGGAGAACUCACCAAAGCUGAUCUUCGCUUUGCUCUUGCGGAACUAGGUUUGCCGAUCAAGGCGACAGAUCUUGAGCAUUUCUUAGUGAGAAAUGGAUUAAGAAGAAAGGAUCAACGAGUCAAUUACAAAUUGUUGAUGCGCCGUUUGCAAACCCGGUCGAAUCGAGGCCUUUUGCAUAAGGUUAUGAGAAAUCUUGAUCACACAUUCCACAGAGGUGUUCCAAACGUAUCACCAGGUGGCGUAAGUGCUCCAGUGUUGGAAGCCAUAUUGCUUGACUCAUUUCAACAUGAGUUUUUAGAGUUGUUGGCGGUAAUGAAACAUCGCGAUUCAGAAGGAACCGGUAUCCUAUCUUUGACUGAUUUCCGUACAGCUUUACAAUCACGAUUCAGCGUAAUAUUCACUGAAGAGGCAUGGGAAGUAUUCGUAGCUUCACCCUUCAUAAAACUUGUACCGCCACCUCCUGGAUCUCACGGCAAAGACGGAUUUAUAGCAUACAACGAUUUUCUAGCAAAGUUUGACGUAAUGUUGAGGCCAGAGACUGCAGAUGAGGACGAUCCCUGGUUAAAGCAAAACGUUGAGAAUGAAUACAGUCAUCUACUGGAGCACAAGAGAAAAUAUUUGAUAGGAAUGGCUGCAGAUCCCGGUGACCAUACUCUCAGACAUGAUCCCAGACCGUUGAACGAGUUAGAAAAAGUGCUGGUCGAUGUAUUUUUGAAUAAAUUCCAAACAAUGAAAAAAGAAUACGACUUGAUUGUACGCGAAGAUUUCUGCAGAAUCGAUAAAGAAAAGUUUGACUACAUCAUGUUCAGGUGCGGGUUCAUUCUUACUGCCAGCGAAUUAUCGAGACUGUGGUUGAGUUUACCCAUUACACGACCCAUCGAAUCCAUGUCGUUUCCGGGAUUGCUUCGCCACGUGAUCAAGCUGCAUUACACCGCAUCAAAACAUGGUCGAUUUUCUAUGCAAACCAGCGACUUUAUCGUUGUAAGCUAUAUACUUGACAAAAUGCGACAAGAAGUAGCAGCUCAUUGGUCAAUAUUGAAGAAGAAACUGAGAUUUUUGGACCCAAUGGGAACAUCAAGAAUUCCUAAGGAGGACAUGCUUCAACUUGUACGUGGACUGCGUCCCAACAUUAUUGAUUUGGAGUUACAUUAUAUGGUUGAGAUGUUGGAAUCCAGAAUACCAGGGAAGACAAAUUAUUUCAAAUUCAUGGAAUUUUUCACAAAACCAGCAUCACGACAAUCCAGUCGACAAAGUACAGUAUCUAAGAGCACUCCAGAGCCAGUUCUAUCUGAUACAACCUCUGUGAUCGCUCUCCGACCAGGCCCACCACCUGUGCCAACGCGACAACAUAAUUUCGUCUACAAACGAAAACCACGCCCUCCGUUUGUCAGCUUACGUAAUGCUCCGACUGUGCCGGUAUUCAAACGUAUUACACGUCACGAACUAGAAGUCAGAGGACCGAAACCUUACCCUCAUCGUUACGACGAUGAAAACGCAUUUCGAGCUGGUUUUGCAGGAAAAGAAAAUGAUCAACACUUGAGUAUAGAUGAAGCAAGUAAAAUUUACAGAGCUAAUGUAGCUUCUCUAGUACGUCACCCACCAUCCAUCAAUUCCAGCGUACCGUCUUCAGCCCCUCCGACCUUUGCACGAGUGCCACCUAAGCAGAUUCCUUCUCUUCGUCGUUCAUUGAGAAAGGCUGACUUCUCGGACCGUGGAAAACUGCCGGUUAAUACCUUCAGAAAAGUUUUGCAAGAAUACGGUGUAACUUUCCGUGAUCCAAACGAUCUUUACCAUUUUCUACGUCACUAUGACACAAAAUUAAGCGACCAAGUGUCGUAUGAAAGAUUCUUACAAAACAUAGCAAAUGUAGCAUAAUGCAUUCAACUUUUACUGUGCUUAGUAUUGAGGUUUUUACUGGAAAUAAUUGUGAUAUUUUAGCAUUUUAUUGUACCAUAACUUUUCGCCGCCAAAGAGAUAUGUUUUAGAGGCAGAAUAUGAAAUCUCUCUUCUAUUAGGGUAUUGUCAUCAAAGCAGGUAGUGGUUGUAAAUCUUCCUUGCCGUCUGAAAAUGGUUCAAGAGAGAUUUAAGAAAGCCUUGUGAUUUCGAAAAAUAUAUCGUGAAAUGAUUUUGUAGUUUAUAUUUAAAUUUAACAAUGUGAUAUGCCAGGUUUUGGACAUAGGAAAUGGUUAGUUGAAUAGAUUUAAACUAGUGUAUAUUUACGUGUUUUAUUCGAUAUGUAUAAUAUUUUACUCCACUUUGCCAAUGAGAUUUGAAACAGCACAGAUUUCGCAUUUCUUUAUUUUCUUUGUCGUAAGGGUAGAUCGAUAUUAAAUGUAAUUAACAGUCCGGAGACAACAAUAUCUUAGUUAGUGAUAUUCGAGGCUAUCAAGCACUCACUGAAUUUAAUAAAUUUUGCUUGCAAAAAUUAGGUUUUUAGUUUUAUCCUGUGUUCGUGUUUCAUAACAUAUUCCAAAUCUAAGUUUGGUACUUCUGAAUUAUGCGCACCAAGAUGUCGCAUAACCUGAAUCCUAACCUGGUACACAACCUGAGUUCAGGUUGUGCGCCAUCUUGAUGCGCGUACUUCAGGAGGUCUCUAAGUUUUUAUUAUCGCUAAUAUAAUUUCACCAAAAAAUGGAGUGAGCCAAGAUAUUGCGCAGAUUAAAUUUAAAAAAAGAAAAAGUAUAAUACAUCAGGUAUCAAUUUUAUUUAUAUGUUCUUUAUAUAAAUUUUCACUUUAUAAUUAUUAGAUUGGAAUCUCGCAAUUACCUAUUUAGGAUUGUUAAUUACUUAAACACCACUGCAAAGUCUUUCAUGUCUUGAAAAGCUACGCCUAUUUUUUUUUUUAUAAAUGAACUACGAUAUACCGGACGCUCGCGGGUGAUUGGCGGAUUCCUAAUAACAUAAUGACGCUGAUUCGGCUAGAUUAUCAGUAAUGUACAUUUUGGCAUUAGUUAAUUAUCAGUCUAGGCUAAUAUUGUCGCCGCCCUUUCGCCUGGUUGUCUGCGCUAUUUUUUUCUCUCAUUCUGACAAAUCUAUUGUUUGUACUUUAACUUGGGUUCAACCUUAAUGAAAAAGGUUAUCUAUGACAUAUAUCUCCUGGGAAAUUAGUAACGUUAGCGUAAAACUACUUUGGCACUUCUCACUUGUCAAAAAACACUGUGAUAUUGUGUUGUUCGCAAGAGCAUGUAAUUUUCAUUUUCGAGAAUGCAUGAUUAACUCACUAUUUUAUAUGUAAAUAUGAAUAUACACGAAAUAUUCAUGAAUUUGAGUACUUUUUAUCCGUGGCAGAAAGUGCACUUCUUUUUUAUGUCGACAUUUGGUGCUCGACAAGUUUUUUGUCCGAUCUGUGACAAUUCAAGUAUGAGCCAAAAUUGGUCACAAAUAAAGAUUUAGCUUGAUUAGACGAUUCGAGCCAGGUAUGAGCCAAAAUUGGUCAUAAAAUAAAGAUUUAGCCUGACUAGAGCUAAUUUAAUAUGUUUUGUGAAUGUCUUAUAGACAUGGUCUAUGACCUGGUACGAAUGAAAUGACCUUACGCAUAAACCCUGAUCUCAAGACUUAAAUUUAACUCCAAAGUCCGGUUUUAUCGCUUGACUUGAUACUUCACAUAUAAAUAGGGUUACCAUAUUUUUUUGAUUUCGAAGCGGGACUCCUCCAAAGACACGACCCCUUAGCUGUAAUCCUGUAACUUUACAGUUUCCGA